CCGGCGAAUAACAGACGUCGAAAAUGUCAUCGGCUCCGGCGAGGAAGCCGACGGUGAAAUUUGCUCGGAAGACGUCGAGCGGACGGUAUGUGAGUCUUUCGAGAGAGGAUAUGGACUUGACGAACUAUACCGUUCAAAUGCCGCCGACGCCCGAUAACCAACCGAUCGACGACACUGUUUCCGCUGCCGGAGAACGGUUUGGGGGGGCCGGAAAGUACGCCGGAAGCCGGCCUCCGCUGCCGGGAGAUAACCGGAGAUUGACGCCUUGUGCGACGCCGGAAUGCGAUGGCUCUGUGGAGAAGGACGAACAGGGACGGGAUGUGCAUCCCUGCGACUGCGGCUUUAAGAUAUGCAAUGACUGCUUCUCGGACGCUCAAAGGAACGGAGAAAUCAACUGCCCCGGCUGCAAAGAAGCUUACAAAGUGCCCGAGUUUGAUGACAACGAAUCCAGCUUCUCCUCCGUGCCGCCGGCGCCGCUACACUGGACGGCUAACCGCUCCAUGUCGGCUUCGCAGAGCAGCCAGCCGGCCAACUUCGAUCACAGCCAAUGGCUCUAUGAAACCCAAGCAACAUAUGGCUACCGCAACGCCUUCUGGUCAAAAGACGAAGCUUAUGUUGAGGGCGGCAGCGCCGGCGCCGGCGGAGAAGACGGCAUUGGCAUCCCCGAUGGCGCCUCGGAUAAUGAGUGGAGGCCGCUAGCUCGCCGGAUUCCGAUCUCAGCGGCAAUCAUUAGCCCUUACAGGCUCCUGAUUCUGAUACGCCUAAUAACCCUAGGGUUCUUCCUCACCUGGCGUAUCAAACACAAAAACCAAGACGCCAUAUGGCUUUGGGGCAUGUCCGUCGUCUGCGAGAUCUGGUUCGCAUUCUCAUGGAUCCUCGACCAACUCCCCAAACUCCAUCCCAUCAACCGCUCCACUGACCUCAUCGCGCUCCAGAACCAAUUCGAUCCCUUCCCCUCCACCCCCUCCGAUCUACCCUCCGUCGACGUGUUCGUCUCCACCGCCGAUCCCGAUAAGGAACCCCCUCUCGUCACCUCCAACACCAUACUCUCCAUCCUCGCCGCCGAUUACCCUGUCGAUAAGAUCUCCUGCUAUCUCUCCGACGAUGGAGGCUCCCUCCUCACCUUCGAGGCCAUGGCUGAAGCCGCCGCCUUCGCGGCUUUAUGGGUCCCCUUCUGCCGCAAGCACGACAUUGAGCCGCGGAAUCCGGAGAGCUACUUUAGCCUCCGGAGGGAUCCGACGAAGAAUAAGCGGAGGCAGGAUUUUGUGAGGGAUCGGAGGAGGGUGAAAAGGGAGUAUGAUGAGUUUAAGGUCAGGAUUAAUGGGUUGCCGGAAGUGAUAAGGAGGCGGUCGGAUGCGUUUAAUGCGAGGGAGGAGAUGAAGAUGAUGAGGAGGAUGAAAGAGGCGGCUGGGGAUAAUGAUGGGGUAAUGGAGGUGGUGAGGGCUAAGAAGGCGACCUGGAUGGCUGAGGGGACGCAUUGGCCGGGAACUUGGGCGGUGGCGGCGCCGGAGCAUGGGAAAGGGGAUCAUGCCGCCAUUCUUCAGGUAAUGCUAAAGCCAGCAACCCUAGAGCCGACAUACGGGAGGUCGGAGGAUGAAGUCGGGAUGGAUUUCACGGAGGUGGACGUGCGGCUGCCGAUGUUAGUCUAUGUGUCGAGGGAGAAACGGACGGGCUACGAUCACAACAAGAAAGCCGGCGCCAUGAAUGCGCUCGUGCGCGCAUCCGCAGUCAUGUCGAACGGGCCCUUCAUCCUUAACCUUGAUUGCGACCAUUAUAUCUACAACCCAAUGGCUAUCCGUGAGGGAAUGUGCUUCCUCCUCGAUCAUGGCGGUGAGGAUAUUUGCUUCAUUCAAUUCCCGCAGCGAUUCGAAGGAAUUGACCCGAACGAUCGAUAUGCGAAUAACAAUACUGUGUUUUUUGACGGCAACAUGCGAGCGCUCGAUGGUCUGCAGGGUCCAAUGUACGUCGGGACCGGAUGCAUCUUCCGCCGCUUCGCCCUUUGGGACCCGCCGCCACCCUCCCACCACAAUUCAAUUCCUUCCGACCACCCUCACUUCGUGGCCGCCGAAACCGACUCCCUCCUCCCCCAAUCACUCCUCCCCAAACGCUUCGGAAACUCCUCUUCACUAAUCGAAUCCAUCCCCACCGCCGAGUUCCAAAGCCGCCCCAUCGCCAACCACUUAUCCUCACAGUAUCGCCGCCCCCCCGGUGCCCUCCGCAUCCCCCGCCCUCCGCUCUCCACCUCCUCCAUCUCCGAAGCCGUCACAGUUAUCUCCUGCUGGUUCGAAGACAAAACAGAGUGGGGUGGUCGAGUUGGCUGGAUCUAUGGCUCCGUCACCGAAGACGUCGUCACCGGCUAACGCAAACACAACCCCGGCCGCGACGCAUUCCGCGGCUCCGCGCCCAUCAACCUCACGGAUAGGCUGCAUCAGGUGCUCCGGUGGGCUACGGGUUCGGUCGAGAUCUUCUUCUCGCGCAACAACGCGCUCCUCGCCUCUCGCCGCCUCUGCUUUCUUCAGCGGGUUGCGUAUCUCAACGUCGGCUUAUACCCCUUCACCUCCGUUUUUCUGCUGGUGUAUUGCUUUCUCCCGGCGCUCUCGCUCUUCUCCGGACAUUUCAUAGUGGAGACACUCAGCGUCUCGUUCCUUGUUUAUCUUCUCAUCAUCAGCAUCACGCUGACGUUGCUUGCUAUUUUAGAGGUCCGGUGGUCCGGCGUCGGGCUUGAGGAGUGGUGGAGGAACGAGCAGUUCUGGCUAAUCUCUGGGACGUCUGCUCAUCUUGCUGCAGUGGUGCAGGGGAUGUUGAAGGUGGUGGCUGGAAUAGAGAUCUCAUUCACCCUGACGGCAAAGUCAGCGACGGACGAUGAAGACGACGCCUUUGCUGAGCUUUACAUAGUGAAAUGGACGUCACUGAUGAUACCGCCCAUCACCAUCAUGAUGGUCAACAUCAUCGCCAUUGCGGUAGGCUUCGCGAGAACAAUCUACAGCAGCCGGCCGGAUUGGAGCAAGCUGCUGGGCGGCGGGUUCUUCAGCUUCUGGGUGCUCGCACAUCUAUAUCCUUUUGCUAAAGGAUUGAUGGGGAGGAGGGGAAAGACGCCUACGAUUAUCUACGUCUGGUCGGGUCUCGUUGCAAUCACCAUCUCCUUGCUUUGGGUCGCCAUCAGUCCGCCGCAGGGGAGCGAGGCGGCUGCUGCCAUGGGGGGGUUUCAGCUUACUUGAUGGAAGGGAUGAUAGCUUGGUAAUGGAAGAGGAGAAUAUAAUGGUACUUUUAAGCUCUAGACAUUAACUGUCAAGUAUAUAUGUUUGUUCAGACCGUUUAAAUUUAAAUUCUUUUCGGGUCAAAACAAAUAUCAACGCAGAUCUGCGCUGACCUUGACAUGCAUGUCAAUGGAAA